UGUACUUUCACUCUAAAAUAAGAAAAGUAUUUUUGUGUUUGCUCUCGUUAUUGCUUAUGUUACUUAGUUCUUAAAUUAAGGUUGGUCUGAUCAAGGCGCCAUAAUAGAAAUCUCUUAGGUCCCUCACUUAGAAAAAAAAUUAGUAUAUAAAAUUUCCCAUGACAACAAAUGCAAUUUUUAACUUGUUGCAAUUAAUCUGAAGGAGUAACUAUUUGGACCCGAUUCCCUCAAAUAAUACCGGACCUCGAAUCAUAACUUCAUCACUCUGCAAAACAGAAAGCGAACAUGGCGGACCAACACUCCAAACGCUAUAAUCGAUUUUCCAACAAACGGAAAACAAUUCACGAUGAAGAAGAACAAACCCUAACCCUAAGUCGAUGUACUGUUCGAAGCAGUUCUUCAAGUUCCAACCAAUUUAAAGCAAUUCAAUCAUAUUCGUAUAAGCGGCAUUCGGAGUGGAAGACCAGCAGGCGGCUGGAUUCCACAAGUAUGCAUGUUUAUCGUAAAUGGACUUAUUCGGAUUGCGAUUCCUCUGAUUAUAAAGAUAGGAUUGUCCUCGUAACAUACAACAUUUUAGGCGUUGAGAAUGCAUCAAAGCAUCCCCAUUUGUAUUUUGGGGUUCCAUUCAAGUACAUGAAAUGGGAGCACCGGAGGGCAGCUAUAUGCAAAGAGUUAGCUCGGUAUGGUCCUAGCAUCAUUUGUUUUCAGGAAGUAGAUUGUUAUAGUGAUUUAUAUGUUGCCCUCCAACAGGAUGGAUAUGAAGGUGUUUUAAAGGCUCGCACUGGUGAUGCUCAGGAUGGAUGUGCGAUAUUUUGGAAUCAUGAACGGUUUAAUCUUCUGCAUGAGGAAAGCAUUGAAUUUCAGAGCUUUGGUUUGCGUAACAAUGUUGCACAAUUCUGUGUCCUGAAGAUGAAUGCUGACUCAUUUAAUCCUGAACCAAAGAUGUCAAAGUCAAUAAGUCUGGUUGUUGGAAAUAUACACGUUCUUUUUAACCCAAAUCGAGGGGACAUCCAGCUGGGACAGAUACGUCUGUUUCUGGAUAGGGCCCACAGAUUAUCUGAAGAAUGGGGUGGGAUCCCUGUUGUACUUGGUGGUGAUUUUAAUAGUGUUCCUCAGAGUGCUGCAUAUCAAUAUAUAUCCUCUGCAAAGUUGGAUAUUUUACAGCACGACCGAAAACGUGUAUCUGGGCAGAUUCAGAUGCCACUGUGUCACGCUUUUUCAACUAAGGGGCCAUUCAGGAAUGGAAGGCAAAAGCCAUCGAUAUGUAGAUGGACUGACGAAGAAUUAAAAAUUGCUUCUGGAAGUGAGGAAGUCACUUGUCUGCAGCAUAGCCUAAAACUCCACAGUGCAUAUCAUGGUGUUCCUGGGAGUGUCACAACAAGAGAUGAUAUUGGAGAACCUUUGGCAACAUCAUUCCAUUGUAAUUUCAUGGGAACUGUUGAUUACAUAUGGCACAGUGACCAACUUGUUCCUGUCAGAGUCCUUGAAACACUGCCUAUAAAUGCAUUGGAAAAGUUGGGUGGGCUUCCCAGUAAGCUAUUCUAACCAGAGCAACAGAGGAAAGGCUUACUCUUUCAGAUGCCUGCUGAUUAUAUAGAAUUGGGGCAGCGAUCACCUGGCGUUGGUGUGUGAAUUUGGUUUUGCAAACACUGAAGCUUAAAAGGGGUAGCAAUUGCUGUCAUUCUUCUUCAUUGGAAUAGUUGCGAGCACCGGACAUGAAGUGUCAUAUAGCUGUAUAGGGAACAAUCAGUCCAACAUUCAAGUGUAUGUGGUUUGGCCAUGAAAUUCUAGCAGUAAUGGUCUCAAGAUCCACAUGAACUAUCGGUUGAUUGUGGUCAAAUGUCCCUUUAAGAAUUUUAAGCACCCAAGAAGCUAAGCAGUUAACUUGACUGAAGAAAUAUAAGAGUAUGAAAAAUGGGGACCGAAUCAUGAGGGAUGGGCAUUUCAGCACUGAGUCAAUAGCAAGCACAGGCAGAUCAAGACUUGAAGGGCAAAUAAUUUAUAUUAAAAGUUGUGUAAAUGGCGUUUUCGAAUGACAGUUCAUGUUAGCCAACUUCAAAUCCUUUUGGGAUUAAGGCUUUUUUUUUUUUUU